GCCCGUUUUAGUAAGGGUGUUACACUGUUAGCAAGUACCAUGCAUCAUGUCGCAUCCAACAUCUGGAAGCCGUCACACGGGGGGUCCUCAUAGCUACUUUGGUGCCUCCGGUGCAGUCUCGCAGUUAGGGUGGUUCCCACACGUCUAAUGCCACCGGUUGCAGCUAGCACUCCUCCAAACUUGACGUUGAGGACCUAAGAAUAAGUACCUACCUAUCUUCUCUUCACGGCGAUUUGGAAGCACCGAACUCUGCGGAGAUUCAGAAGCACCGGAUCUAGAAAGACAUUCGCAAAUAUGGUGUUCAGCUACAAGACUUCCCCAUGCGAACCGUCGUGUCAUGACGUGAAUCGUUUGUGCAUUUCCGCAUGAUCAAUCGAUCAUGGUUCAACGUCUGGCGAUAUCAGAAUCUUGAAGUCAUGCGGCUUGCUGUAAUGUCGACUUUGGUGUCGCCUUUCCAUCCAGCUUCGUCCAGUUGUCCUUUUGCGAAAGCAGGAAUACAACACGCCUUCGCGACCUAUGGCUCAAAAAUCGUUUUCUAUAGUCACUCCAUCGAUUGUCCCCUUCCUUCAGAACGUGCAACUCCUGUUCACCGUGACUGCAAAUGGGGACCAAACAGACUUAAUUGAGGCUAAUACUGUAUUCGCUUGGGAGCUUAUUUCGUUGUCGGCUGAAUCGAGUCAAGAGAUAUGUCUUACAUGGAGUCCAGGCUGUAAUUUCAGUUUGCGACGGAAGAACACCUUCGACAGCAUGUCUAUCAGUCGCCGCGUCGAGCCUGGAACUUAUAUCGACUUCGACGGCCACCGACAAUGGGAUAUCAACACUUUCUACUGCGGUAAUGAAAAUCAGAUCAUAGCCUUCAAUAGGUCCAAUGGUGCAGAAGAAUUCGUCUUGGGUGCGAUUGUCAAGACAGGCAUUGUCAAAAAGGAGUUCCAGCCAUAUGUUCUUCUCAAAGAACUGCAGACCAAAGAGGGGUUGGCUACAGAUAUUCCUUGCUUCCUACAGGCAUAUAUAGUCAACGGAUGUAUCAGGCAUCACUUAGUUACUGAGCCGUUGAGGAAUGGACUCUUCCGACAAGGUGAUAAACCGGUUCCACUACGGCUCGACCAGUUACCGGAGAAGUCUCGUUAUUACCUAUAUUUCAGUGAUGAUGGACGCAUUGAACUCUCCAGCAAUAACGGACUUAUAAUCUCCUCCCAACCAUUGGACAGCUCAACGAAUUUUUCUAGCUCCUCCGUUGAGAUGAAAGUAUCAAUGAGGUCCCUGGAGAACACAGAGUUUCAUCAGCGAACGUCUGAGGGAGCACCACCACAUACGAAACCCAAAAUUCCAGUUUCUCCUACCAUCUCGAAAUCGCUUCCUUCGUUUGAAUCGAAGGUCACUGCUUCGCCGGCUGAACCACAUACUACCGAUAUUAGAGAUGAAUCGUGCGAGUCUUCAAGGCCGCUGUCAACCUCGCAAUCCGCUACCUCUCGAAGCCAGUCGCCGAAGGCCUCUUCUCCGUCUAGGUGCCAACCACAGCGAGUCGAGGAGCUCGCUCCUACAAGACCUCGUUCUUCGCCUCUUGAUGGGUGUGGCAAUGCCUCGAGGGGAUUGAAACUUGACAUGGAUUGCAAUACUGAAAGCUUUACUUCUUCAUCCCCCCAGCUCGCUUUCGCUGAGCUGUCCCAUGUCAGACCUUCACCUUCGGAAAUUGGUCGUAACUGGUCUUUGACCUCAUCACAACAAACCCUACCUCGGGAUGCUUCACUUCUGUUCAGAUCCAGUCAGGAUCCCUCUUCGUACUUGCCCCCAUUGGAUUUGACAUCAGCCGUACCAUUCAAGCCUUCUUCAGACCUUGUUGUAGAGAAUGACGAAUAUAUGAAGGCUCAGGACUCUUACCCUGCAGAGUCUGGAGAUAUGGAAACAAGCAAAUGCUCGGCUAGUGAGGCGAAAUGGAAAUCGAGCCUGCAGUCGGCCGCACAAUGCCUCAGCAAUGAGGUUCGUAUUCUAGGUACUGAAAGAUCUGGCGGGACCUUGGAUGUAGAGAUCGUUGACCUUAUCCCUCUGCGGAAUGCGCUGCGACAAGCAGCUCAGCUCAUAGACGGACAAGUGCCUCAUAGAGAUGACGUUUGGGGUCGUGCUACGCUUGCUCAAUUCGGGUCCCAAGUGAUGCCGUUACUGACCACGUUCCUAGCAGAAUCUCCUGCGUGGAAUGGGUUCAAGAACCCAGCUUUGUCUUAAUGAAUUGUUUUCCAUAUGUGGUGCAUGACUUGCUUCACAUAAGGCUGUAGUGAAUGUUUCUUAAUCGGCAACCUCAGUUUCCACUUGGAUAUGGACGGCAGAUCGCGUCGUAUUUGACAGAAAGACACACAAUUGUCAAAGACAGCCACAUUUAGAAAAGACUAUAUGAUAUGUACAUAAAGGAUCCAGAUGGCUGGAUGCACAUGCAGACCCCCGUCACUCCUGCGUCGCCUCAAUACCGGUGCUUCCAGAUCUCCGGAAGAAUUACUUUUGUUGUUCACUGGCAUUACGACCUCAAUGUCGAGGCUUCAACUUUGUGAUUAGCCUGAGAGCGACGGCGAGUCAUCACUGACAGCAGACCCACUAAGUAGCUGCCAACUUUUGGUGAAUUAAAAUCUCCGCCGAUCUGCCAGUGAGAGGAACAAUAAUUCAUCUGGAGGUGGAGGCUUUAGUACCGAUGCAUGGAAAAUGUCGCAUCAUGGUACGUAGGACAAUGGAUUAAUCAAUAAUGAAGCUUAAGCUAG